AUGACGCACUUGGGGCUCCUGGUGACCGGCGCCUCCUUCGCUGUCUUCCGGGGGCUGCACUGGGGGCUGCGGCUGCUACCCACGCCCCGAUCUGCGCGGGACCGCUGGAAGUGGCGCAACAUUUGCGUGUCGCUGAUGCACAGCCUGCUGAGCGGGGCUGGCGCGCUGGUCGGGCUGUCGCUGUACCCGCAGAUGACCACCGACCCGAUUCAUGGGCACCCGCCCUGGGCGCUGCUGCUCGUAGCUGUGUCUGUGGGUUAUUUCUUGGCGGAUGGAGCCGACAUGCUGUGGAAUCAGACUUUGGCCCAGGCCUGGGAUCUUCUCUGUCACCAUUUGGUGGUGGUGAGCUGCCUCAGUACCGCGGUUCUGUCUGGCCAUUACGUGGGCCUGUCUCUGGUGUCUCUGCUGCUGGAGCUGAACUCCGUCUGCUUGCACUUGCGGAAGCUGCUGCUGCUUUCUCACCAGGCUCCAUCCCUGGCCUUCAGCAUGACGAGCUGGGCCACCCUGGCCACCCUGGCACUCUUCCGUUUGGUGCCACUAGGGUGGAUGAGCCUCUGGCUGCUCCGGGAGUAUCACCAGGUGCCUUUUGCUCUGGUUAUCCUUGGUGCUACGGGUCUGGCUACAGUGGGUGUCAUGAGCAUCACCCUGGGGGUCCGCAUUCUAAUCAACGAUGUCCUGAGGUCGCGGCCAUGCCCAUCCGUCCCCAAGCACUAGGACACCCAGGAGCCCAGGACAGCUAACGGUGAACCUGUCACCAGGGACAAGUCUACUCUCAGCUGGAAGGAUUAGAGAGAUGCCACAGCCUUGUUUUCCUGCAGUGCUGGGGGACAUGGGAUCAGGAUCGGGAGCUUGUACCCUCAGUGCCAGAACCCUUUCCACCCUGCCCCCGGCCAAGGACUGGACAAGAUGACCAACAUCUCAGUGCCUCUUCCAGCUAACUCACAUCUUUCCCCGUCAUAGCCUCCAAGAGGAAUAUGCUGAUGUUGGUACUGGCUGGGUGGGAACCUGGGUUACUGUUCACUGAAUUCCAUCAUCAGAGGACCAACUUUUCUAACAAAUGAACUCAAAUGGCCAGUGAUAAAGGCUGGCAGGAGGCACAAAGCUGGAAAACACUCCCAAUGGGAACAGAUGAGGGAAGGUGAGGCCCUACCAGGACCGGAAGAUCUGGUGUGAGUGGGGCAACAGCCAAAAGGAUCUCACCUAUGACCAAAUUCUGCCCAUGACAGUAGGGCACAGGGGAUGUUAUCUAUAGCCGGUAGGGAUGAAAGUUGCCAAGAGACAAAUCUGGAACCACUGCCAGUGCUGCUGAUAUGUCUGGUUCUCAAAGCCACACCACAGAUAUUGAGUUGUAUUUAACCCUAGUGCUUCUGUGUGCAGCCUUUGAAAUAUGUGUAGUAUCUUCUGACCUUUUCAAAGAAAAAUGUAGACUCUUAGAGAGAAAUGAGCAGGGAGCUGGGUGUGUCUUCUUAAGACAGUGUUGAUACCCAGUGCUUUUGUAAGGUGCUGGGUGCAGAGUCUCCCUAAGCCCAGAUUUUCAGAGAAGAGGGCAUCUAACAGAGCAGGCUCCCCGGACCACUGUCACCUCUUGCAGGGGAGGGAGUUCACUCACAGUCCUGCUGCUUCCUCUCUGCAUUGCCUGAGAACCCUCCCUUCUCAAUGAGAGCAUGCAGGCCAGGGAAGUGUAGAGCAGAUUAAAGUUGUUUUCCCACUGAACAAAACAGAGAGGUCCUCAUCCCUCACAGAAAGGGUAUAGAGCAAAGGUAAAAGAAAAAAUAGGAAGAGCUUAAAAAAUCCUAGGAGGAAGCUGAGGUGGAAAAAGAGCAAGGACAGCAACAGACAGACACACGUGGAGUGAGGAAUGAUCACGCA